UCUUCUGUCUUGUAUAACAGAUAACGUUGUUUUCGUUCUGUGAAUAGCACUGAAAGAAGAAGUGUCAUGAGGUCUAGAGUAAAAUGAUGGGUGAUCAAUUCAGAAAAGUAGAGCAAUAUUCGCCCAAGUCAUCACCUAGAGGAGCUAGGUCACCAGUUGUUUCUCGCCAGGAUUCUUCCGGUACCCUAAAAACAACAAUUUUAUUAUCUGGAAAAAACCCUUCCAUAAUCCCUAGUGGACCUUUUUAUUUGAUGAAAGAACCUCCAGGAGAAUCUGAACUAACCGGGGCUACAAACUUGAUGGUGUAUUAUGAUUUAGAACAUUCAUACACAAAAUUCAGUGGAAAAAAAUUGAAGGAACAGUUAUCUUCUUUCUUACCAACUUUGCCAGGAGUAAUUGACUCGCCAGGACAACAUGACAAUAGUUCAUUACGCUCUGUUAUUGAGAAACCUCCCAUUGGCGGAAAAGAAUUGUUACCUUUAACUAGUAUGCAGUUAGAUGGAUUCAGACUUCAUCCCGGACCACUUCCAGAGCAAUACAGAUAUACCAGUACAAUUACUGUGAAAAAGAAUAAAAACAAACAUAAAAAGCACAAACACAAAGAAGGAGGUACUCCAAACCAGGAAACUGCCGUAACUGAUGCAGGCAUAGAUACACAUGAAAAAAAACAUAAAAAGCAGAAACGGCAUGAUGAGGAUAAGGAAAGAAAGAAAAGAAAAAAGGAGAAAAAAAGAAAAAAACAGAAGCAUAGUCCAGAACAUAGUGGGGGCCUAACACCAAGUCAACAUUCUAAUUUAUAAUUUUUUAUAUGUUUUAUGUUAUAACAGAUUUAUUAAGAAUAUUUAGAAUAUAA